AUGAAAUACACUAUCGCUGCUUUGUCCUUGUCUUCUGUUGCCUUUGCUCAGGUUGCUACCACUGUGCUUGACAUCCCCCACGGUGACCACACCCACCCAGAGACCAAGAUCGUCUGGAACGGUGACAACGCCCCAGAGGGUUUCGCCACCACCGUGUUGAGCAUCCCACACGGCGACCACUUCCACCCAGAGACUCACGUUGUGUGGACUGGUCUGGGUGACGUUCCAACUGGUUUGGGCGACAACAACCAGGCCGAGGCCACUGGCGGUGCCGGCGACGACCACGAUCACGACCACGCUGAGGAGCACGACCACGACCAUGACCAUGACCACGACCAUGACCAUGACCAUGACCAUGACCAUGACCAUGACCAUGAGCACGGUGACUCCCACUCUCACGACCACUCUCACUCCCACGACGAGGGCGCUGCUGCCCAGCCAGCUCCAUCUGCUGGCGAGUCUGCUGCUCCAGCUCCUUCUGCCGGUGAGUCUGCUCCAGCUGCUGUCUCAAGCUACGAGGGAGCUGCUGGCUCUGCUGCUGUUGGCUUGAGCGGUCUUGCUGUUGGUGCUGCUAUCUUGCUUUUGUAA